AUGUCCGCCGAUCUUAGGGGCCAGGUUUCACAACCGUACAGUAAGGUCGAAUGUACCGCUGCAUUGUACAUUCUGCGCUUCAGGGUGAGAGUAAUGUCGCGCCGCCGCCAUAGGUGGCAAAGGUUAGCAAAAGCACUUCCAGCUUUUGCUAUCCGGUUCGUGAUCUCGUCUUCGAUCCCAAGGGCGCUGAUACAACUUCCCAGGCUGGAUAUCCGUGCAGCUUUCGAUCCUGUCGAUCGUACAGUACUGUGGCACUGUCUACUGAGGAAUGGUGUCCCCGAGAAGUUCGUCUCCAUACUGCGCUCUCUCCAUAGUCUGACCUCGGGCAGGGUUAGGGCUUAUGGCAAGCUUUCGCCUACCUUUGUGGUCUCCAGUGGAGUUCGACAAGGAUGCCCUAUCUCUCCGUUCCUAUUCAACUUUGCCAUCGAGGAUGUCUUAAAGAACGCUCUAGGCAAUUCGUUGAAUGCUGGCGUUGAGCUCCUCCCAGGUAAUCGAGUUGUUGAUUUGGAUUAUGCUGAUGAUAUCGUCUUGCUGGGUGACGACCCACACGUC